CGUGACUAAGAAAAUCACAACUCACUCUGAUUCAAAGCAAAAGCUUUCAGCAAAGUUCAUUGCUAAUGGCUCUGAUUCCAAGCAUUUUCGGUGGUCGCCGGAGCAACGUUUUCAACCCCUUCUCUCUGGACAUAUGGGAUCCCUUUGAGGGCUGUCCAUUCUCCAGCGCUCUCACCUCAUUCCCUUCCUCCGCACGGGAUGCCUCUGCA